AUGACGUCAGUUGUUACUCAAGAAGUUCACGAAGAUCACUUAGCUAGACAAUCAGUAUUGACUGAUACUGAGAGCCUUCAGCGAAACUUACAGGCGCGCGUCUCCUUUUCUCGAGAAAGUAUUCAGGGGACACACUGCACUGCAUUAACGGGGGCAUCAGAAGAUCGUCUAUCCUUGAACUAUUGCAACAAGAACAAUCUCCUCACUGUUGCAAGGGCUAACUUACCUCCAUACGGCAGGAAUUUCUUCAAUCAUACCGCAAGUGGGAGGUUCAGCAAUGGAAAGCUGGCUAUUGACUACAUAGAAAAGGUUAAUUGCAGAUACAACUCCGACACCACCAAGGUGUCUGCAGUUAAUACCCCUGCAUUCACCACAUACCAAGCAGCAUACCUCUGCCCACUGGCCACUGGAAAAAACCUGCUCAUGGGAGCCAACUUUGCUUCUGCAGUUUCUGGAUACUUGGACGAAACAGCAAACUUACGUGUGGAUUUCAAAUACUACAAGGAAUACCAGGCCAAGCUGGAGAUAGUAACACAGAGCGCAAAUGCCAAUUCGACGAAGACCAUUUCAGGAUCCAUAUAUAUUCUCUGCAACAAUUAUAUGCUGACCUACUACAUCAGUCCUCUAGUCUUCAGAAUUCACACCAGAUCAGUUUCUGACUUGAUUGUUCAAUCCUUCACAACUUUUGUUCAGAACUUGUACUGGUUAGGAGCAAGAAGAAUUAGGGUGACAUCAUUUUCACCAAUGGGCUGCGAAGCAAUCAACUUCAGCAAGAAGCUGGAAGAAGCCAGGGAGCCCUUAAGAAGGCACGCCCUGGACUCAAGGUUUUUAUUGGUUGGUUGCAACUAUAAUUGCAAAAACAGGUGUCAGCAGCACGCGACUGCUGCGGUAGUUGCAAGUAUUGUUGCAUGCAGUUGUGGCUGCCUGGCCUGCAAUUGUAGCCGCAGUAUAGCAAUAACUGUAGUACAAAAGCUAUAUUACUCUUAUACCAAUAGACAAAAAGUGGGACCCUUUCCAGGCUCUUCGAUGCUACUAAAUGAAACAGGGUUCUUUGAAGCGACGAGGGGAUGUUACGCAACAGGGACAGUCGAAACAGCUCUCUUGUGCAGCGCGCUUUAUACCACGGAUAUGUGCCAAUGCCACAGUGUCUUCUAGGACGGUUUACAUCCUACAGAGGCUGCAAACAAAGUUCUCUCCGAAUCAUUCGCUAUGCAAGGGAUCCCACUCAUCUUUCAGACUAAUGCGAUCAUCACUCUCAGAAUGUAG